CAGAUCAUAAACACUCCAAAUUCCUUUUGGACGAUUCUAUCCAACCUCGGAUUAUUGCUAAAGAAUCCCUCCCAUCACAUCCUAAAGCCAACUGCAAAGUCAAUACGCAGGAGCGAGUGGCGUGGAGUCCUAGAAACUUGAGCUUGGGCAGCAUCAAACUGCGACUGAAAGAAUAUCAGAAAGAUAUCUGCCCAGUCUUAUAACAGCCAAGACAUUUGACAUGUCACAGUCACUCGCAAAAGAAUGCAACGAGGUAAAGGAACGUUAUGACACAUGUUUCCUAAAGUGGUACAGCGAAAAGUAUCUUCGAGGAGCCGGCACAGCCGACAACAACGAAUGCUCAGCACUUUUCAAGGAAUAUAGUAAUUGCUUACAGGGAGCGCUCAAGGAACGGGGCAUAGACAAGCUGCUGGAAGAAGCGCGGGAGGACAACAAAGAGAACGAUGCAACAUUCAUGGGGAGAAAGAAAUGUGAGUAAUGAUCUUGUUCUAAGGAGAGUCGUUAUUAACAAACUUUGGCUCAAGAAUCGCACGUUGAUCUCG